AUGGAAUUUGUACAGGAACUUAAAGGUGACGAAACGACGUUUCUAAACUUUGAGAAUUUGGUGCAACAAAAGGUUGACGACGAGGAGACGUUGGUAUUGUUGAUUUCAAAGCAGAAACACGCGUCCCCGAUGUAUCGAGCUUUGGCUGCAGAAUUUAAUGACCAAGAACUGAGUUUUGUGUUUUUAAACAAAGAGGAGAAAGGAACGGAGGAGAUUAUGAAGAUGUUAGUGGUGGAGGAGCUGCCGGUUAUGAUGAUAAUGAAAUCCAUGAUGGAGUAUGAAGUGUUAAAGGCACAGAACUUGAAGACGUACAAUGAAUUGAAGGGUUUCGUGAAGCCUUUUACGACGCAUAAGAGAAGUUGUAACCAGUGGUGGCAUCAACCAGGUUAA